UCAACAUCAAUCAAUACAUGGUGAUUCUACUUCCGAGUGGAGCAAGAUGGCGCCGGGAGCCGGACGGAAGUAGUCGGAAAGGAGCGCUGACUGGGCGGAUGUUGCCGAAGCGCCGGGUUCAUUGAGCGUGCCCUUGUUGUUAGUCCAAAAGAUCCACAGGCACAUCCCUGGCCAGCAACAAAUGAGCUUCAUUUUGUGCCCAGGCCAACAAGAACGAAUCUAUAUUCACCAUUUAGAAGCCAAUAUCGUUCUUUGUAUGACCAGCAAACUAAUCUGUAUGAUUAUGUAUUGUGCUUGAACCCUCAUUUGUAGAUUAGUUAUAAACCAGAACAGAGCCAUUGCCCAGAUCAAUAAUGGCCUCCCGUGCUGGCCCUCGGGCAACUGGUACAGAUGGAAGUGACUUUCAGCAUCGAGAGAGAGUAGCCAGCCACUAUCAGAUGAGUGCUUCCUUAAAGAAUGAAAUCAAGAAGCUGAUCUACGCCCACUUGGUUAUCUGGCUGCUGAUCGCUGCUCAGAUGUGUGUGUCUCAUCUAAAAUUGGUCUCCAAGGAUUUGGUAGCCAUGCCAUACCAAUGGGAGUACCCAUACCUCCUGAGCCUUGUCCCGUCCCUCUUUGGUCUCGUCUCUUUCCCCCGGAACAACAUCAGCUAUCUGGUGAUCUCCAUGAUUAGCACGGGACUCUUCUCCAUUGCUCCCCUCAUCUAUGGCACCCUAGAGAUGUUCCCUAUGGCACAGCAGCUGUACCGCCAUGGCAAGGCCUACCGCUUCAUCUUCGGCUUCUCCGCCAUCUCUGUUAUGUACUUGCUCAUGGUGGUGGCCGUACAGGUUCAUGGAUGGCAGAUCUACUACAGCAAGAAGCUGUUGGACGCUUGGUUCACAAACACUCAGGAGAAGAAGAAGAAGUAACAAAACCAAGUGACUUUUUAGAGCCAAGGUACAAUGAUAGGAAGGUGCAAAGGGGCAGAGGUGCACGGCACAACUGUAAUACAGUAUCGUAACGUGGAACAUGAAUUAAUAAACCCAAGAGCAGAUAUGGUGAAAGAGUGCUUUCCAGUGCCAGGAAUUGUCCAACCUGAUGGCUUCCAUUUUGUAUUGAACUGCAAAUCCAUCAGUAGUUGAGGGGUAGUGAAAUUGUAGCUCAGAGGCUGGGCACCACUGCAGUUAAUUGCCAUGCCAGGCUAGAAUGUUUUCAACAUUUUAUUUUUUUCCCCAGAGGCACCUUGAGACCACUGUAAACAUGAAAACCUUGAUACAUGGAGCCCCUCAUAUAAGCUACUUAUUGGGCUUUGGGUGUUAGACAGCUACAGUUUUCCUGGGGUCCCUACCAUUUUUGGGGGCUUACUGCACCACUAUCACCAUUUACUUUCAUGCUAUAAGCCAUCAUUCCCAAACUGAGCCAUUGCACCCCCCAAACAGUGGAUAUUGAUAUUCUGAGACAGUUUGCAAUGGUUUUUCAUUUUUUGUGGUAUUUCUCAGAUAUUUAGCUUUUUUAUUCAGUAGCUCUCCAGUUUGGAUUUUCAGCAGCUAUCUGGUUGCCAUGGCCUUGGCUUACCUAAGCAACCAGGCAGUGGUUUAAAUGAGAUUGAAAUAUGAACAGGAGAGGGGCAGAAUAAAAAGAUAAGGAUCAAAAAGUAACAAUAAUAUUACAGAGCAGUAGUUUUUGGCUGCUGGGGUCAGUGACUCCCAUUUAAAGCAGGAAAGAUGUAGAAGAGAAAGGCAAAUAAUACAGAAACUAUAAAAAAUAUGUAAUGGAGACCAAUUGCAAAGUUGUUAGGAAUAGGACAGUCUAUAAUAUAUUAAACGUUAAAGUAAUGGUGAACCACCCCUUUAAGGUGCAGUAUGGGGUGAAUCCCCACAGAUAAUUCUGAACUAUAUAGUCACUGCUAUAGGAUUUUAAUACUUUGUUAGGAGCAAAGGUGAGCGUGACCAAGUAUUGGCCUAUCAGAGACGCCUGAGCAGUUAACUGAAGGGUAGGUUUUUGUUUUUUUUUUUUUAAAUCAUUGCUUUAUAAGAAAUUGUGCUAUCUGAGUAAUUAUUUCUAUAAUUUAAUGGGAGCCGCCCUAUGGCUUGGUUUAACUGAGCAGAAUCUACUGCUCAUAAUGUUGUUCCUAUAGAAUUCUGGCAAGCAUUAUGGCAGCUCCUAAUUCUGCAUAAAUCCAAAUAUGCCCCUAAUAUGUUCUGUGCUCACCAAAUACUGUAUGUUUAAGGAGGAAUAGAAGCCCGAUAAACCCUGCUGCUAGUCUUUUAUGUGGUCUCUUGUUUUUUUAUUAAAGGGUAAAUGUCCCCUCUGUAAUUGACUUGUGGAACCAUCUAAAUGGAACCAGUUUGGCAGCCUUACAAAGUGUCAUUGUGCAUGAGCCUUACACACCAUAGGCCUUUGCUACUGGAUUGUACCCAGGCCUGUUUCCUUUCUGAGCAUUUGUACUUGGUAUUUGCAUGCAGCGACACGUGUACAAACUGUAGAUCAAUGUGUAAAUGUGCCCUUUAAUGUGCUCCAUAGUGUAAACCUCUCGCCAGUUCAGCCAAGAAUAAAACCAACUAAUAUGA